GAUUACGGGAUUUUUAAAGGAAGGAACUAUUGGUCUCAAAUUUACGCAUGCGCCUCACGGCAAGUGAUACGGGAUUCUCCGGAGGUGUGCAUCCGACCAGUUUUUGUUCUCCUUAAAAUAUUGUAAGAUUCCAUCAAUAUGGCAUCGAUCGGCUAUUUGCAAGCGACUAUGCUUCUUCUAGCGGUCCAGCUUCUCUGUUAUAGGGCAAGCAAUGCCGAGGAGACGGGGACCGUUAUACCUGCCGAGAGCCGACCCUGUGUGGACUGUCAUGCAUUUGAAUUCAUGCAGAGGGCCCUGCAAGACCUAAAGAAGACUGCUUUUAACCUGGAUGCCAGGACGGAGACUCUAGUACUACGGGCUGAAAGGAAAGCCCUAUGUGAUUGUAUGCCCACAAACUCCCUGCGCUGAGCUGUGUGUGUAUGUGUGUGUAUGUGUGUCUGUCGGUACCUUUGCCACUCCAGGUCUCACCCUUCAAGGUUCUUCAUCACCACAUGACUCGUACUUAACAUGAAAUAUGACGUUGUAUUUUGUUAUUCUUUUUAAAUUGUAAACAUAGGCACUUUAUUGUUUCUGUUCAAAUAUUACUUUAGAUAUUGCAGUGGCUUAAUGUGAAUAUAACAACACUAGAAGUGUCUGACCAACUGCCAUUCACCCAGUUGUAGAGAUGAAGUCUAUGUAUGUCAUGUUUUUAUAUGGAUAAAUCCCACCGCUGUUCAAUGUUAUAAAAAAGAGGUUUAAUAAGAUGCACCUUUUUAACUGUUUGACUUCACAUCAUGUUACAUAGGUAGGACACAUAAGCAUACUUAUUAAGAGUGUUGCAAGGGUUUCUAGAGAUCACUCAAGUGCACAAAGCGGUAGUACUAAAGCCUAUAAUACACCAUCUUACGUCUUCAGAAUUGUAACGAUUUUUUUGUUGUGAGUUUUACUAAACAUUUUGACCGAGAUGAGGAAGAAAAGGUUUAGAAUAUAGAUUCUCUGUAGGGCAGAAUUUUCGUUGCAUGCAGCACCCUAGUCUUAGGCAAAUUCUAGGCGCAUGCACAUUGUCUUGUACACACAGCACGCAGGAAGUCUAUUUUGUCUUAGGUCUGCAUGACCUAUAAUACAGAUAGAUUCAUUAAAGAGACAUAGAUUCAUAUGAAGCACUAUAAAUAAAAAGGGUUUGAUAGAUAGGAGUGGGAUAGUCAGAUGUGUAGCAACAUAUACUUAAUGGCUGAUCACUUUGGUAUUUUUCUUGUUGCUUGUUAAGAAGUAGCCUCAUACUUUAUAUGUGAAAAUGCUUGUAGAGGAAAACUGUUUGACGGUCAUUAAAGUUAUUGUUCCAUU